CCUCUGCUCAGCUUUUUUGGCUGAAUAUUAUUAUUUUGUAUUUUUUUCAGUCCACAGGUUUACUCUUUGGUUCAGAGUCUGAACACAUCAAUGUUUUUCUCCAAUAACAGCAUUUGUUUUCCAGCUCAGCCUCAAGUUAGUGACUAGCUAGCUGGUGAGAAAAAUCUGACACGUAAAAAACUGAAUACUGGAUAUUUUUCUUCUCCUGUGUUAGUGGAGCGAACAAGGUCAGUGAAUAUUGGACUUUGAUUAACCAGGUGUCCAGAAACACGAAGUUUCUGUUGAAUGGCAGCACCUUAUCUGUCAGGGACCAGCAGGUUGAGGUUGGUGGAUUCCUCUCUGAAGCUCUCACCUGUGACGAGCCACAAGGCAGUCGCACGACUCAGCAUCAUCUGGAGUCCCAAAGAGAGAAAGUGCAGCAGAGCGCACACUGCAGCAGAACGCAGGGCCAGUAGGAUUUUCCUCCUCAUACUACAACAGCCGAGAAACGAGAGAGAGACGGUUACUCGCUGAGGAGGGGGGAAAGACGUUAUUCAUGGAGGAUCCACCGAGGAGUACCUGACCCACAAGCUGCCGAGUGUGUAGGUUUACAUCUGGCUCAGAAGCAGUUGUGUGGACUCCCAUCACCCAUCCAUCCCUCCUUCGGGACCGGCCCACUCCCUCCCUAACUGCCCCUCAUCCUCAUCAAGGAUAGGAUGCCCGGCUCUGCGCCCCUGUGCUGAGGAGGCGUCAGCGGGCAGCAGUAUGGGCGCUGUGCUGGCCGGCAUCCCCACCACCCCCUCCACCACCGAUCUGCCACCACCACGCUGCCCCCCCAAGACGGGCGCUCCCCCCAGCCCCGCUGAUGGGCGAAGACACUGACGCCACCCCGACGCUCAACCACCGCGGCUUCCUCCCCGACCACAACUAUGUGACUGAAGGGCUGCUCCUGGCUAUAGCCUGAAGAGCUCCGCCCAUCCUGUCCACCCCUCUCCACCCUGGAGUCCUCCCCCAGGAUGUUGAGCCCCAUCCAGGUCCUGUGCUCCGACAUCACUACCCUUUCUCUGGAGCCCGAGCCGUUUGCCUCUUACACUGAAGCUGAUAUCAUCUCCACUGUUGAGUUCAACCACACAGGAGAGCUCCUGGCCACAGGGGACAAGGGGGGCCGAGUGGUCAUCUUUCAGAGGGAACCUGAGAGCAAGUCUGAGCCAUUCUCCCAGGGUGAAUACAAUGUCUACAGCACUUUCCAGAGCCAUGAGCCCGAGUUCGACUACCUUAAGAGUCUGGAGAUCGAGGAGAAGAUCAAUAAGAUCCGAUGGCUGCCUCAGCAGAACGCUGCACACUUCCUCCUCUCCACCAAUGAUAAGACCAUUAAGUUGUGGAAGGUGAGUGAAAGAGAUAAACGGCCGGAGGGAUACAACCUGAAGGAUGAGGAGGGUCGCAUCAAGGACAUCUCCACUGUCACCUCUCUACAGGUGCCGGUGUUGAAGCCGAUGGACCUGAUGGUGGAGGUGAGCCCGCGGCGAGUGUUUGCCAACGCCCACACCUACCACGUCAACUCCAUCUCCGUCAACUCUGACUACGAGACCUACAUGUCAGCUGACGACCUGAGGAUCAACCUCUGGCAUCUGGACAUCACCGACCGCAGCUUCAACAUUGUGGACAUCAAGCCUGCCAACAUGGAGGAUCUGACAGAGGUGAUCACAGCGGCUGAGUUUCACCCCCACCACUGUAACUUGUUUGUCUACAGCAGCAGCAAAGGCACCCUGCGCCUCUGUGACAUGCGGGAAUCAGCGCUGUGCGACAAACACUCCAAAUUGUUCGAGGAGCCCGAGGACCCCAGCGCUCGCUCCUUCUUCUCCGAGAUUAUCUCUUCGGUGUCGGAUGUCAAGUUCAGCCACAGCGGUCGCUACCUGCUCACCAGAGACUACCUGACUGCCAAAGUCUGGGACCUCAACAUGGAGAGCAAGCCCCUGGAGACAUACCAGGUUCAUGAUUACCUCCGCAGCAAGUUGUGCUCCCUUUACGAAAACGACUGCAUCUUUGACAAGUUUGAGUGUGCCUGGAACGGCUCGGACAGCGUGAUCAUGACCGGCGCCUACAACAACUUCUUCCGCAUGUUUGACCGGAACACCAAACGUGACGUGACCCUUGAAGCCUCCAGAGAAAGCAGCAAACCCCGAGCCGUCCUUAAACCGCGGAGGGUCUGCGCCGCCGGAGGAAAGCGCCGGAAGGACGACAUCAGUGUGGACAGUCUGGACUUCACCAAGAAGAUCCUCCACACAGCCUGGCACCCGACCGAGAACAUCAUCGCCAUCGCUGCCACCAACAACCUGUACAUCUUCCAAGACAAACUCAACUCUGAGAUGCAUUAAUGAACAGAUGUCGCCGGCGGAUACAUUACGAGUUUACACCUGAACACACAACUAUGCCAGAAUGUACACAUUCACAAACACACACUCUCUCUCACGCACCAGGAAUAUGCCUAAAGAGGCAGGAAGGCAAACACGCACGAUCUGAAAACAUACACACAUCUAGGUCUACUCACUGAUACUCUCCCUCACCUCCUCCCCAGCCUCCCAGAAACUGAAAAGACCUAGAGAGGGCUAGAACGGGAACAGGCUGGAUUACGCACUGGAUUAUAUGGAUUGCAAAAUUGUCCGAACUGUGGAUUUCUCGAUUGUUAACCUCUGGAUUGUGCUUGAUGGUGUGUCGAUUGCUCAGCUUCUGAGGGGGAUGAACCCCCCCCCCACCCCCCCUCCCUCCCACCUCAGACUGGAGAGACGUUUACAUGUUUGUCUUUAUUUUGGUUCUUCAGGCUCUUUUUCUUUCUCCACCUCCUCCUCCGCCUCCUCCUCUCUGUAUUUGGCCGUUUGUGUGCUCGAGCGAAGCCUAUUCUUAUCCCUAGCCCACUGUUUUGUGUAACAAAACCCUUCGUGUCUACCAGCAGCAGUGAUGAAAAAAUGGGGCAUUUAUGUAACUGGCUGUUUGUUUGAUUUCAGAUCAACUACCCCAGUUUUUGUUUUUGUAACUUCUUGUUAAAUGAUCUUAAUGAUGGUAAUUAUGAUGAUAAUGAUAAUUAUUGAUAUGUGUGAUGUGCGAGGAUGAACUCGGGACCCUCCCCUUAACCCAGCGCACCCAGACGACCUCUGAGCUCUCUCUCUCUCUCUCUGAUUCAGGACGAGACAAUGAACAACUGUUCAGUGAGGUAAAACAUCAACAGUCCUUUCAGAUAGAAGCAGAAUUUAAUAGCCAAAUAUGAGGAGACACACUCAUAUCUGCUCCACACAGUUUGUGUUUCAGUCUCAGUGUUGAAACAGGACCUCCAACUUCUCUGAUUGUGGAUUCUGCUUCUGGUCCGGGGGCCACGUCAUGUGCUACUUUGCCGUUAAAUACGACUCAAAUCAAGCAAAAAAAAAAAAAAAACUGUUAAAAAACAAACAAAACAAUUUCAACAAUCAAGCAAAAAGAUGCUGCAUGUCAAACACAUUUAGUCUAGGUGUUUAUAAAUUGACUGACUGACUGACUUGGCUGCCUUCUUAACCAUUUAGACCCAGCUGUACAAAGGCUUCAGGGGCCCCGGGAGGCCCCGUGCAGCACGAGUAACCAUAGAUGACCGAGCUCUCCUACCUUUAUUUGUGUCUUCGGGCACUGAAGCAUGUUUACCAGUGUUCGGUUCAUACACUUACAUGUACAUUUUGAAUGAAGCCGUCCAAGAAUCAGUUUCUACUCGGUGAAACUGAGAACCAAGAAGAAUGGGGAAUGUUUCUGAUUAAUGUUGUACUCUAAAAGAAAAAAGAACAAAAAAAAUCAAAGGGCCUAAAUGGUGUCUGUAUAUAUAAACUCUGUUUUUUGACAUGUAUGAGGUUUAGUUUUUUUUAAUCCAUAAACGGACUGUGGACUCGAUCAUCUGUAUCGAUGGUUGCCUCCAAAGCUACAGCAGAAUCUCUUCAGCCUUCCUCACUGAUUACUUUGCUGAUGUGCAGAAUCUUUUAUUUUUAGAGAACAGUUUAUUCUUUUAUUUGUCCUUUUUUUGAAAACGUGUCAGUUUUACUCCACCUCCUGACCAAACUAAUGUCGAUUCACAUAUUUUUGUGUUAAUGUAUGUUGAUGACAAAAUUGUCAAAUGGACAGUUAUAAAUAAUGUUAAUAUGUUUUUUUCUGAAUAAAGAUUUCAACGAAAUUGCAUCCAA